AUGGCCUCCCCAUUUCCUAGUCUGUUCAGAUCUAUCUAUCUAUCUAUCUAUCUAUCUAUCUAUCUAUCUAUCUAUCUAUCUAUCUAUAUAUCAAAUAAUGCACAUUAUCUAUCUAUCUAUCUAUCUAUCUAUCUAUCUAUCUAUCUAUCACAAUCUGUUCAGAUCUAUCUAUCUAUCUAUCUAUCUAUCUAUCUAUCUAAGGCUGCACAUUAUCUAUCUAUCUAUACAUACAUACAUACAUACACACAUACAUUUAUCGAAGGCUGCACAUUAUCUAUCUAUCUAUCUAUCUAUCUAUCUAUCUAUCUAUCUAUCUAUCUAUCUAUCUAUCUAUCUAAGAACCAGAUCAGGCACACUCUUCAUUUCCUAUGUAUGAAUAUAUAUUUCUCUCUCUCUCUCUCUCUCUCUCUCUCUCUCUCUCAUUCUGCUACGUCCUUAGCAGAACGUGGGCAGGCAUGGUCCUCCCUAGCUUCCUAUCUUGCAACUCUCAGUAAUAUUGAUUCGACAUAUGACAACACCGAUUUUGGAAAAUACAUCGACUUAUAUACUGUUUGUGUCUAUCUAUCUAUCUAUCUAUCUAUCUAUCUAUCUAUCUAUUUAUAUAUAUAUAUGCUCCCCCUCUCACCUACGCUGACCAACGAAGCAGCAGCAGCCAAGGCCAGCAGACAUCAGCAGCAGCUAGAAACCAACAGAGCAGUCCGGCCUCCUCCUCAUCAGCAGCAGCAGCAGCUAGAACAGAGCAGUCCGGCCUCCUCCUCAUCAACAGCAGCAGAGCCAGCAGAUAUCCCAGCCUAUCCUCGGCUACGUUUAUUUAAAGCCUAUCCUCGGCUACAUGAUAUGCACUAG